AAGGACAUUGACCAAAUUCACGACGAAAUCGAAAAGUCCAAGGAAACCGGCAAGCCAAUUGAGUUCAAGUACGACGAUGAGCUUCCAGGCGGUGGACAAUUCUAUUGUAUAGAGACCGCAAAACAUUUUGCGGAUGCCAAGUCUCUGGCCGAUCACAAGAAAACCAAAACGUACAAACGCCGAGUGAAAAAUCUGCAAAAGGAAAAAUACGGACAAGACGUUGCCGAGUGGGCCGCUGGAAUGAGUAAA